AUGAACCCUUCAAGAAAAGUGUGGCCUCUGACCCCUGCUUUAGGCUCCCUUCGGGGUGAUCCUCAACAGCUUCUGGGCCCGAUUGAUUGGGAUUGGUGUAGGGAACUUCCUGGGACAGACAGCUGGAAGGAACUAGAAUAUUGGACGCGGCCAUGUCCCUUGGACUUAAAGCCAGCCGGGAACGCCAGAUGCAGAGGGCCCUGGCCCUGCCUGUGCAGCGCCCCGACGCGGCAGGGAGGCGCGGGUGAUUCGGAUCCCCUGGGCCCGCGCGUGGCGAGUGGCGGCGACAGCGGCAAGGUGGCCCUGUCGCUUCUUAGGAUCAGGCCGGUGUUCCCCGGUAGGCCAUUAGGGCGGAUGUGUCGCGGCGCUCACGGAUCGGGGACCCGCCUUUACUUUGCUCCCCGAGGCCCGCGAGGUCCUUGGUUAACGAAGCCCUUGUCCUUUGCUGACUGUGUCGGGGAUGAGCUGCCAUGGGGAUGGGAAGCAGGGUUCGACCCGCAGAUUGGUGCCUACUACAUCGAUCACAUCAACAAAACCACUCAGAUUGAAGAUCCGAGAAAACAGUGGCGGGGGGAGCAGGAGAAGAUGCUCAAGGACUAUCUCUCGGUGGCCCAGGAUGCACUCAGGACACAGAAGGAGCUGUACCAUGUGAAGGAACAGAGGCUGGCCCUGGCCCUCGAUGAGUAUGUCCGCUUGAAUGAUGCCUACAAGGAGAAGUCAAGUUCUCGCACAAGCCUCUUCUCAGGGUCUUCAUCCAGCACUAAAUACGAUCCUGAUAUUUUAAAAGCCGAGAUCUCCACCACGCGAUUAAGGGUGAAAAGGCUGAAGAGAGAACUCUCCCAGAUGAAGCAAGAACUUCUCUAUAAAGAGCAAGGCUUUGAAACGCUGCAACAAAUUGAUGAAAAGAUGUCUGGAGGCCAGAGUGGGUAUGAACUUAGUGAAGCCAAAGCCAUCCUGACAGAACUGAAGUCUAUAAGAAAAGCAAUCAGCUCAGGAGAAAAAGAAAAGCAAGAUCUGAUGCAGAGUCUUGCCAAGCUUCAGGGGCGCUUUCAUUUGGAUCAGAACAUGGGCAGUUCGGAGCCAGACCUGAGAUCUAGUCCUGUGAACUCUCACCUCUCGCUGUCCAGACAGACUCUUGACGCUGGGUCACAGACAAACAUUUCUGGAGAUAUUGGGGUGCGGAGCAGAUCAAAUUUAGCUGAAAAGGUCAGGCUGAGUCUCCAAUAUGAAGAAGCCAAAAGAAGCAUGGCUAACUUGAAAAUUGAACUGUCAAAGUUGGACAGUGAAGCCUGGCCCGGGGCCCUGGACAUCGAGAAGGAGAAGCUGAUGCUGAUCAAUGAGAAAGAAGAGCUUUUGAAAGAGCUGCAGUUCAUCACACCACAGAAACGCACACAGGACGAGCUGGAACGCCUGGAGGCAGAGCGCCAGCGACUGGAGGAGGAGCUCAUGUCCUCGAGGGGCUUGCCUAGCAGGGCUCUGGCCGAGAGGUUGAAAUUAGAGGAGAAAAGAAAAGAGCUGCUACAGAAACUUGAAGAAACUACUAAAUUAACUACUUAUUUGUAUUCACAACUUAAAAGCCUCUCCUCCAGCACACUGUCCAUGUCGUCUGGGAGCAGUCUGGGGUCCCUGACAUCCAGUCGGGGCUCUCUGAACACCUCCAGCAGAGGGUCCCUCAACUCCCUCAGUUCCAGUGAACUCUACUACACCAGCCAGGGUGAUUCGAUGGACGCAGACUAUCAGUGUAAACUGGACUUCCUUCUUCAAGAGAAGGGUGGUUACAUCCCUUCUGGACCCAUCACCACCAUCCACGAAAAUGAGGUGGUCAAGUCUCCCAGCCAGCCUGGGCAGAGUGGACUAUGUGGGGUGGCAGCUGCAGCACCCAGCCACACUCCUCCAUUGACUGAGGCCUCCAAGUCAGUGACGUCCCUCUCCUCCAGGUCCUCUCUUUCGUCCUUGUCCCCUCCCGGCUCUCCCCUGGUCUUGGACAGCACAUUUCCGGUGUCUCCACAUGACACCUCUCUGCACCAGUUCACUGUUGACUUUGAGGACUGUGGAUUGAGUAGCCACUUUGCUGAUAUCGGCCUUGGCGAAAAUCAGGUCUUGCUGGAUUCAGAUUCAGGAGCAUCCCAGUCUCUCUUAGAGGACAAAGACCUUGAUGAGUGCACGGGGCAGCUGCUAUAUGAAGGAACAACAGAUGUGGAAAAGUCAUUACCCAAAAGAGGAGGAAUCCACCUGCGUGGAGACAAAAUUGCGUGUGUGUCAGCUGCUGCCUCCGAUGAGUCUGUGGCUGGAGACAGUGGGGUCUACGAAGCUUCCAUGAAACAGCCUGGCGAAAUGGAGGACGCUACCUAUAGUGAAGAGGACGUCACCGUUGUGGAGACUGCCCAGGUGCAGAUAGGACUCAGAUAUGAUACAAAAAGUUCAAGUUUCAUGGUGAUUAUAGCACAACUCCGAAAUCUUCAUGCCUUCUUGAUACCUCAUUCUUCAAAAGUGUAUUUUAGGGUUGCUGUGCUUCCCUCCUCGGCAGAUGUUAGCUGUCUAUUUCGAACAAAAGUCCAUCCGCCCACGGAAUCUGUGCUGUACAAUGAUGUGUCCAGGAUGGCCAUUUCUCAGGCAGCCCUGCAGCAGAAGACCCUGAGAGUCGAUCUUUGCUGUGUCAGUAAACACCACAGGGAAGAAUGCCUGGCUGGGACUCAGAUCAGCCUGGCAGAUUUACCAUUUUCCAAUGAGAUUUUCAUGCUGUGGUAUAAUUUACUUCCUUCCAAGCAAACGCCUUGCAAAAAGAAUGAAGAAGAAAAUGAAGAGCCUGUACUUCAAUCCAACGAGCCAGAACUAGAUUCUAUAGACUUGGAUGCCGUGUCAGCCUUACUUGCAAGAACUUCAGCUGAGCUAUUGGCUGUGGAACAAGAACUGGCCCAGGAGGAGGAGGAGGAACUGAAGCCGGAAGAACAGCGGGGUCCGGGGGGAGAUUGCUUAACGAUGCUAAGAGAGGCCUCUAAUGAAACUGUGGCUGCAAAAGAGGCUGAAGUUCACUUGGUGGAGGGCAGUCGCUGCCCAGGAGACCCAAGUUCAUGCACUGGCGGGCCUGAAAUGAGAGAAGACCAGCGUAGGAAAGAAAGGCAUUAUGCUGAAGACCCUUGUCAGCCACCAACUGGAAUCCCCACACUGGUUGAUAAGGAGACGAAUACUGAUGAAGCCGUUGAUGGCAAUAUGGCAGUUCGCCCCAAAGACCGUAGCAGCCUGAGCUCUCGACAGCAUCCCUUCGUGAGAAACAGCGUGAUAGUGCGCUCACAAACCUUCUCCCCAGGCGAGCGGAGCCAGUACAUCUGCAGGUUAAAUCGGAGUGACAGUGACAGUUCAACCUUAGCCAAAAAAUCAUUGUUCGUGAGAAACUCCACCGAACGACGAAGUUUGAGGGUUAAAAGGGCAGUCUGCCAACCCACCCUCAGGAGGACUGCUCAGGAAUGCCCCGUGCGCACAUCUCUAGACCUGGAGCUGGACCUGCAGGCCUCGCUGACUCGUCAGAGUCGCCUCAACGAUGAGCUGCAGGCCCUGAGGGACUUACGGCAGAAGCUGGAGGAGCUGAAAGCUCAGGGAGAGACUGACCUUCCCCCGGGAGUGCUAGAGGAUGAGAGAUUCCAGAAGCUUCUGAAACAAGCAGAGAAGCAGGCUGAGCAGACAAAAGAAGAGCAGAAGCAAGACCUGAAUGCAGAGAAGUUGAUGAGGCAGGUCUCCAAGGAUGUGUGCCGGCUGCGGGAGCAGAGCCGGAAGGUGCCUCGGCAGGUGCAGUCCUUCAGGGAGAAGAUAGCCUACUUCACACGAGCAAAGAUCAGCAUCCCGUCCCUGCCAGCUGAUGACGUGUGACCACACAGCUUAAUGUUACUUCUCGCCUGCUCACUUUCCAAGGGAGAGUCAAAGACUGAACAUUUACUGGUUUUGUUUUUUGUUGGGGGGAGGGGCUUUUGUUUCCUGUAAUAUAACUGUCAACCCUUGAAGAACUUUCAUUCCACACCAGUUUCAUCAGGUUCAUCUGUAAAGUGUGUUGAAUGUAACUCUUACAUGCUUUGAGAAGGAAAAAAAAAAUUCACAGAACAAAAGUGGGGUAGUCUGGUCCACACUUGUACAGUGUGUUAUGUGUCAGCCCUGGGUUUCACUGUGCAGAAUGGAACAGAGACAGCUGGUGCCCAUUGUCUGCCUGCUGAGCCAACUGCAGGAGGCAGCCAUCAGGGAGCCUGUGAAGCUGGAACCACACCAUUCUAGAAAGCCACACUUUCCAUCGGAAGUGCGCACAAGCAAGCAUCACUCUGAGUCCACCCAAAACAGGUGCCCUGUUCCUUCCAUCAGCUAUGUCUGGCCACCUUGUUUUGGAAUAACUGUUCUUUCUGACCUCUUAAACUUGUCUAAAGAAAACAAAAGCAUGAAAUUCUGAGUACAAGAAAGUGAAAAGCAAAGGUAUACUCCUACUGUAGAGAGCUGUGGUCGGGACAGAGAAAAAGGAAGGGGCACCAUCUCCCAAAAACAUACCAAGGAAACUCAACUUAUGUUGAGUGGCCAGUGCUUCUAACGCAAUCUGAACCUGAGGGCUUUGUCAGUUUCCGGCCUGCACCACAUUUUGUGGUGCACCCAUAGGUGAGGAGGAGACACACCCAUAUUCAUUAGGUGAGAUGGGGGACAGGCUGCAUCUUAAUAAGAUCAGAAUCAACAGGUUUUUACACUUACUUGAAAUAAUUUCGCAGCUGUCAUCUUUAGGGGAUUCUAUCAGUGAUUCAUAGAAAGCAGACGGGAGCAAGAACAAAGGGUGUGCCUGAGGGAACUCAGAGUGUGGACUGGACCACUCAAAAAUAUAUAUUCUAGGCGAACAAGCUUGAGCUAGAAAUUGUAAGUGUAUCUUGCUCUCCAGGUUAGGUUUUUAACUCACCAGACCCGGGCACUUCUUAAAAAAAAGAAAGAAAGAAAGAAAAAAAAAAAGAAAGAAAGAAAGAGAGAGAGAGAGAGAAAAAAAGAAAGCUCAGCAUAGCUUUGCCAGCAUACAAGUGUUAAAAUACAUAGUUUUUAGGUAAUUUAAACCAAUCUUAGUCUGUCAUACUGGAAGAAGCCGUGUUUUGGUGAGCCAUCUUAAAUAGCAAGCUAAAUUAUUUUUAUUUUUUUAAUGCAAAAUAAUUUUAUAGGAAUUUAAAAAAAGAAAGGCAAGAAAAAAUCUGUUUAAAAAAGAGUUAUGUUCUGCUGGAAUCCCCAUUAGUAAGAAUUUUUUUAUUUUCUUGAAUCUAUGCAUAUUUUAGAACAUUCAUUUUAUCAGAAUCAAUAUUUAUACUCAGCCAGAACUUCAAUUAUCAAGUUACUGCACCUAAAACUUCAACCGUGUUUCCCCUUGGUGUUGCGCAGCUUAUACACGCAACCUUUUAGAAGAUGUAACUGGACAUGACACUACUUGGAAUAAAAAAAAAGAGCCUAGUAGCAGGCUGAGCACUCUCCUGGGCUGCCCAGUUUGCCCUGUGGGUGACUGGAGGAAGCUGGAGUGCCAUCCAUCCCUGUCAAGGUCAAAUGUGAACAGCAGAGUUUUAUUUAAUAUAGCGUUAAAUAAAAGUCAGCUGUCCUCAGCGUCAUAUUUGACCCACGAAAAUGUUCAUAGAAUUUUGUGUAGUUGUACCGUACGAUUUUAUUUUCAUUUAUUUAUUUACGGUCUUAUUUAUGUUCUGUUUAAUAUAUAGUUUGAUUCUGGCCAUCUUAAAUGUUGGGCUUACAAGAGGCUAUAUUGGAGUAUUUAAAGCUUCAUGAUAUUCAUCAGACUUACUGCUAACUUUUUGUAAUACAAAAAGUCUCAGAUAAGUAUUAAAGAAUGGAGUGUCUCAGGCUGGUAGUUCACAGUUGUGACUGGGGGACUUUGGUUUCAUUUUACAAAAUGUGCUUAUUUCUAACGUGAGAGAGAAAUGCAUUCUAGCAGGACCCUUUUCCCACACUCUAAAGUCAGCAAUAGUUUUAUGUAUUACAGGCAGCUUUGUGUAGUCCUGACACAUUUGUAUUAACCCGUGAUUCAAAAAACAUCCUACUAACUCGAUCACAAAACCAUAUGGACAAAUAAAAAUUUUAAUAUUAUGAAAAAUAUUUUUAAAGGUAGAAUUAUUCUUCACAGGAUAAAAAGGAUUUCAUAUUUAGCUCUCAAGUUUGGAUUAUCACUAUAUUGUUACCAUUUUAUAUAUCAGACUCUGAAAUGUUACAGGUACAAAAAGAGUGUUACUUGCCAAAUGAACAAAGUUUAGCUAAGUCUCUAGCAUACAAAUUAAAUACAUUUAAAUUUUUUUUGCUAUGGAUUUAUAUUAUAUUAAAUAUGAGAAGCUCAGGACUGAACUAAAUAUUUAAGCAGGUUAAAUUCUGAGUAUGUUUCUGUUUUCAUUCGUGCUGUUUGUGAAAGUGUUCAAAUACAUCACACAGAUUAACUCCCAUUGCUGCACUUUCCGUUUGUUUGUGGAUGGAAAGCAAGUUCAGUGAUUUUUUUUUUUUUACGAAGAUACGUAUUUCCUGAUACUGUAUUUUAAUGUUGCUUAUUGUUCAUUUAAUUUCCCUGAUUGGCACAAGUACAAGAAUCUACUUGAACCAUGUACCAAGCAAAUAUAAAACGUUCCAUGAAGAAUUC